AAAUUUAGAAAAUCAGGGAAUACCUGGAAAAGUCAGGGAAAAUUUGUUAAAAAUCUGUAAAAUCAGGGAAAACUCAGGGAAUCUUGUUCAGUAUUAUAUUUAGCUUGAAUUUAUUUUGCAAAAUACACAUUUUGAGUGUUUAUUGUUGUUGAAAAUUGCUCACUAAAGUGUUUUUUUAACUUUUAUAUUAUAUAGUAACUAUAUGUUUAGCUAAAUGUAUAAAUAAAUAUAAUAAUAUAAGACAUGACUUCAGAAAAGACUUAUUUUCAAGAGGAUUGGUUACAACAAGAUAUUUAUAAAGAUUGGUUAGUUCCCAACGCACAUGCAAAAACUAAAGCUUAUUACAAAAAAUGUAAAAAAUCAUUUGAAUUGUCCAAUAUGGGUAUUCAGGCUGUUAAAAGUCAUGCAGCAGGUAAGAAGCAUCAGUCUGCUACAAAGCCUGUUAGUUGUUUCUUUAUUAAUGGAAAAGAGUUGCAUGCUGAACCACUUGGAAGUGAGGAAAAAAUAUCCACAUUUUUCACCAAAAAACAAGCAACUAUUGUCUUUUUAAUUAAAUCAUCGUUAUCAACUAAUGCUGAGAUCAUAUGGGCCCUGAAAUCUACAAUGAGCUGCUACUCUAAUAACUCAUGUGCAAAUUUAAAGACACUUUUAAAAAGAUGUUUCCUGAUAGCAAGGUAGCAGAAGAUUUCACUAUGAACACCUCAAAAGUAUCAUACAUUGUUAACCAUGGACUAGCCCCAUACUUCAAGACACUUUUAAAAGAAGAAAUCACAAAGUCUGAUUGUUACAUUGUAUCUUUUGAUGAGAGUUUAAACGACAUAACCCAAACUUGUCAGAUGGAUCUACUUGUUCGGUAUUGGGAUGGCAAUGACAAAGUUAAAGUGAGAUAUUGGACAUCAGCAUUUCUUGGUCAUUCUGCAGCUUCUGACCUUCUUACACAUUUCAACGAAAACUUAUCAAGAUUUGAUUCAAGUAAAAUGUAUCAAGUUUCCAUGGAUGGACCCUCUACGAAUCUGAAAUUUCUAGAUGAUCUUAAUAAACACAGAAAGGACAAUGAGAUGCCACAACUUAUAAAUAUUGGAAGUUGCUCUUUGCAUGUAAUCCAUGGUGCUUUUAAAACAGCUAUCGAAUCAACAGCAUGGAAUAUUAAAGAAACUUUAAAAGGGUGUUGGCAAAUUCUUCAUGAUAGCCCAGCUAGACGUCAAGAUUAUGAAACAGUCACAGGUGCAACAAAAUACCUUCUUUUUUUUUGCAGAACAAGAUGGGUUGAAAGUAAUUCUGUUGCAGAUCGUUGCAUUGAAAUCUGGCCUAAUAUAUGUAAGUUGAUUGAGUUUUGGGAAAAGUUACCAUCUUCGAAACAACCUAAAUCUCGAAGCUUUUUAAAUGUAAAAAAGGCUGUUAAAGACAAACUUAUUAUUUUAAAAUUUGAAGUUUUCAGCUUUGUUGCAAGCAUAUUAGAGCCAUAUUUGUUGGCAUACCAAACUGACAAACCAAUGAUUCCAUUCAUGUAUAGUGACUUAGAAAAACUGUUACGAACCAUACUAAGCUUGUUUGUGAAACAAAAUGUUAUUGAUAAUAGUUGUAUUUCAGUACAACUAAAAGAAGUUGAUUUUCAUAAAAAAGAUAAUCUACUUAAAGGAAAUCAAAUCAAACUAGGGUUUGCAGCUGAAACAAGACUGGCUGCUUUACGAAAGAAAGAUAUAAUAACCAUUGCUGAUAUUCAAAGUUUUCACAAAGAUUGCACUAACAUGUAUGUUCAAUUAAUUGAAAAGUUCAUGGACCGAACUCCGCUAGGAUCUAUCAUUGUACGCAACUCUCAGGUUUUUAACCCAAAUGCAAUGGUAGUAAUGACUCAAGAAGAUGCUGAGAAGAAGUGUAAAUCUUUAUUGACCCACUUGAUUAGCUUGAAAUAUGUUUCACCAAUCUUUUCUGAUAAAGCUAUAAAUCAAUUUGCAGAUUUCUUUAGAGAAUCAAGAGUUUAUCAAGACAUCUUUCAUGAGUUCAAUCGAGAAAGAGAUAGCUUAGAUGACUUCUAUUUUAAAAAAUUUAACCUAAAUAAAUAUAAAGAGUUUGCAUUGACUGUUAAAAUAUUAUUAACACUAAGCCAUGGACAAGCCUCAGUUGAGAGAGGUUUUAGUAUAAAUGCCACAGUACUAGAACAGAAUUUAAAUGAAAAAUCAAUAACUGCAAGACGUUUAGUCAAAGAUCAUAUGCUAUCAAAUAAUCUUCAGCCACAUAGUAUUGAAAUUACUAGCAAAAUGAUCAUCAGCAGGAAAUCGGCACACGAAAGAUAUAGAAGCUACCUAAAUUCAAUCGCAGAUACUAACAAAAAAGAAGCAAGUCAAUUGGCAAAAAAAGUUGUUAGCGAUGAAAUAAAAGAUGUUGAAACAAGGCGAGAUCAACUGAAGAAAACCAGUGAAAUGUUGCAGUUUGAUUUUGUAAAAUUUGUUGAGGAAGCAGAGGAGAAGCAAGAUCUAGGGUUAAUUUCUAAAGCUAAUGCGAUGAAACGAAAAGCAAAUGAAAAAAAUGAAGAAAUAAAGAAAUUAGAGCUAGCACUUUGCAUCUUAGAGCAAAAAAGAAAAAUGCUAAAAUAAUAUAUUCGUUCUCACAUGAAGUUUAUAUUUUGUUAACAAAACACAUUAGUUUUUUCAAAGCAUAUAUAAAAUGUUAUUAUUUUAAUAUUUCUUUUAGUUAUCAGAUUAAUAUGGCUUUGUUUCUUGUUUAAAACACCUUUAACAGAUUGCUAUAAAUUAAUUAAAGACAGUCUCUGGUUUCUUAAAAAAUAGUGAUAAAAAGUAUUUAGGGAACAAGGAUUCAGUUGCAAUAGUAUUAUAUUUUUCAACAUUGAUAGGCAAAAUAUUUAGACUUUUCACCGCACGAACUCAGGGAAAAAAUACUUGAAAAUCAGGGAAAAUCAGGGAAAACUCAGGGAAAAUGGUUUUUCAAA